AUGGCGCCCGGUGAAUCCUCCAGACCGUCGUCGCAUCGGCCACGAGACUCAUCGGGUAGGAAACACCACAAAAAACGACGAUCCAAUGCGCAGGGAUCCCGACGACCAGCCACGGAGUCGGGCGAGAGCAGAGACGAGAGAAGGUCGCAGACGCUGUCCGCCGACGCUCUGGCGGCGCUGAACCACGAAAAUACAAAGAGGAGAAAGCGAAGGGAGUCGCGGGACCCAGAGCGAGACGCAGAGAGGGCUGCCGAACGAGCGGAGAGGAGAAGGGCGCGACGCGAACAACAGUACAGAGAUGCCCCGAGGGAACGUCCGAGGAGGGCGGAACGGGAAGAGGACAGGGAAGCCGUCUACGAAAAGCCGAGGAGGGAUCACAAGAGCAGGAAGAGGCGAGUGGUGAGCGGCGCGGUGAUGGAGGAGGGACGCUCGCGCGGCCACCUGCGAGGCGGCGGCUGGAGCAGUUCCAACAACAGCCUCGAGAAGGAGUACCUGAUGGACGACCCCCCACAGCCCGUGAAGAAGCGGAAGAAACUCUGGAUCUGCCUCGGCAUUUCGCUGGUUCUUCUCAUCAUCAUUAUUGUAGUAGCGGUGGUGGUCAGCAAGAACAACUCAAACAAGAGCAGCCCGUCAAAGACCACGCUCGAUGACGGCGACAAAGACAGCGUGCCGAUGAAGUGGCGCGGCACAUAUCUCGACCCGUGGUCGUGGCAGGACACGACAGAUUUCAACGUCACCUUUACCGAGGAAAUGGUUGGCGACCUGCCUGUCAUGGGCCUGUACACCGACUGGGACGAUUCGAAGCGGGCCAACGACAAGGUGCCCGCCCUCAAAGACUCCUGGGGAUCAUAUGGGUCACGACCUGCCCGCGGGGUGAACGUCGGCGGGUGGCUCAACCUCGAGCCCUUCAUCACGCCCUCUCUUUUCGACUACGACUCGCGGCUGGGCAUCAUCGACGAGUAUACGCUCUGCAACCACCUCGGCACUCGGAAGACGGCCGAGGUGCUCGAGAAGCACUACGCGACGUUCGUGACGGAAUCGACGUUUAAGGAAAUUGCCGACGCCGGCCUCGACCACGUCCGCAUUCCCUUCAACUACUGGGCCAUCGAGGUCUACGAUGGCGACCCGUACCUCUUCCGCACCUCCUGGCGCUAUCUCCUCCGCGGAAUCGAGUGGGCUCGCAAGUAUGGCCUCAGGGUCAACCUGGACGUCCACGGCCUCCCGGGCAGCCAGAACGGAUGGAACCACUCAGGCCGCCAGGGGUCGAUCGGGUGGCUCAACGGCACCGACGGCGCGACGAACGCGCAGCGCAGCCUCGACAUGCACGACCGUCUGUCCAAGUUCUUCGCGCAGGACCGGUACAAGAACAUCAUUGCCUUCUAUGGGCUGGCCAACGAGCCGCGUAACGUGGAUCUGAACAAUGCGGACGUGGUGGCGUGGACGGAGAAGGCGUACAAGCUGGUCAAGAACAACGGCAUCGGCGGCAUCGUCGUGUUCGGCGACGGGUUCAUGGGCCUGCACAACUGGCAGGGCAAGCUGACGGGGUACAGCGACCUGGCGCUCGACGUGCACCAGUACGUCAUCUUCAAUACGGACCAGAUCGUGUACACGCACAAGAAGAAGGUCGAGUACGCAUGCAGCGGGUGGACGGAGCAGACGGAGCAGUCUAUAGAUACGUCGACGGGGUACGGGCCAACGCUCUUCGCCGAAUGGUCGCAGGCCGAUACGGACUGCGCCAAGCACCUCACCAACGUCGGCUGGGGCAACCGGUGGACGGGCACAUACAACACGGGCAACGCGACGACGUCGAUCCUGGAGCCGCGGUGCCCCACCGAGGACAGCAAAUGCGACUGCGACGCGGCCAACGGCGACGCCAAGGGGUUUAGCAGCGACUACAAAAAGUUCCUGCAGAUGUUCGCCGAAGCGCAGAUGCACUCGUUCGAGAAGGGGUGGGGGUGGUGGUACUGGACGUGGGAUACAGAGAGCGCGCCGUUGUGGAGCUACAAGAAGGGCCUCGAGGCCGGCAUCCUGCCGGCUAAAGCGUACGAUCGGGAUUUCGACUGCUCCGGGACCGUGCCGGAUUUUAGCAGCCUGCCCGAGUUUUACCGGGUUUGA